CCUGAACACAUUUUAUUUUUUAGUUUACUACUGAAAGAUUAUCUCGGUGUUACCCUCAAAUGGUGCCAGUUUAAUGUAAUGGGCAGGGAUGAUGUGUUGAGGUGUCACCUGCCUCAGGUGAUGUGCUGAGUAGGAAGGCCAACCACUUUCUACUGUACUUUGGCACCGCCUUAGCAAAUACUCUUGAUCCAGAUUCUGCAGUCACCUGAGCACACAGUCUCCUUCAGAGGUUGACCUUGAGUUUUGACAAUACAUGUGACUUGCUUGCUAAUUUGCCUGGACUCCACACACAAGCGAAGGACAGCCAAGGGUGAGAAUUUCUCAAUGAGUCCCAUUGUGAACGUUUCCUCCAAAGUUCUUAUUUCAAAGUGUAUUUUAUUGCUAUUUCAUUUCUAUUAGUCGGCAUCUGCCUGGACAAGUGUGCUGACCAUGUGGCCAGAGGAACCAGACUCUAGUGUCUGGAGAGGGCUGGACCUGACAGCACUGGAGGUGGAUGAAGCCUACCUGAAUGUCACAUCUUUCAUCCCUCAGGUCUUCUUGUACUCUUUGUCAGCUGAUUGUCAUCAGUGCCCCUAUAGCUUGACUGGAGUGGUUCACCAACAUCGAGUAUUCACUAUCAACACCAAACACUCGACAUCAUGGCGGUUAUACUCCCGUACCGACAACAUUAUAGCUGUCAACGACACCAGAUUACUGGAGUGUGAAGUGUCAUCUGCUAGUGUGGGACAGUUUGGAGUAUAUGAUCUCAUACAUAACAACUCUGACUGCAUUUUCAACACUGCCAGCCCUCCUGUCAACAUCUACUAUUCUUUAGUUUUAGUGGUCAGUUUCCUUCUGGGUUUAGCAGUUUUGGCUGCUAUCAUCUCUCUUCGUAAACUUUAUAAAGAAGAUGGGGACAAUGAUGGAGGUAGAACUCCUAAAAGAUCAAGAGUUAGAUCACUUGAUACAUUCAGAGGGAUAACAUUGGUGUUGAUGGUGUUUGUCAAUGACGGAGCAGGAGGCUACUGGUUCCUGGAGCAUGCCACAUGGCAUGGCUUACUCAUGGCAGAUGUGCUCUUUCCCUGGUUUAUGUGGAUUAUGGGUGUAUGUAUUCCAAUAUCCAUCCGUUCACAAUUCAAAAGAGGCAUCCCCAGAUACACCAUGUUCUUGAACACUCUACAAAGAGCUUGUACACUGUUCCUGCUCGGUUUAAUGCUAAACACUGUUUCUGCGGGACCUGAGCUUAGCUCUCUUCGAGUGUUUGGAGUCCUGCAGAGAUUCGGAGUGGUGUACCUCCUCGUCUCCACUCUCUCCAUAUUUCUCACUCACCGGCCUACACCUGACCAUAAACAGAAGCCAACACCUAAGUUACUAUCAGACAUAGUGAUCCUCUCUCCCCAAUGGAUUGUGGUUCUUGCAGUAUUGGUUGUGCAUAGCUAUCUAGUGUUCUAUGUGCCAAUCCCAGGCUGCCCUCUUGGUUAUCUUGAUGCUGGAGGAAUACAAGACAUGGGUCUGUACGCUAACUGUACGGGAGGAGUGAGUCGGUACAUAGAUGAGUUACUGGUGGGAGAGGGCCAUCUAUACCAGGUGCCAACUGUGAGCUCAGUGUACCACACGGCACCGUUUGAUCCAGAGGGCAUCCUAGGAUGUCUAACAUCAGUAGUGCAGGUGUUCCUGGGGGUACAGGCUGGUACCACCCUGCUGACUUAUUCUGGGUGUAAAGACCGAGUGGCUCGCUGGAUUGUGUGGGGCAUCAUCUGUGGAGUGUUGACUCUGGUCUUGACCUUCCUAGUAGACAUCCCCAUCAACAAGAAUCUGUGGACCACAUCUUACGUAUUUGCAACCUCCAGUCUUGCCUUCUUCCUCUUUGCUGCUUGUUAUCUUCUUGUUGACCAUUUUGUCUUUUGGAACGGCUCCCCUUUUAUAUAUCCAGGUAUGAACUCUAUAUUGGUGUAUGUGGGUCACACUGUGUGCUACCAGAUGUUCCCAUGGCACUGGCGCCUGCAGACCAUGAACACACACUUGAUGUUGACAGUGGAGGCAGUCUGGGGCACUGCUCUGUGGGUUAUUGUCUCUUACUGGCUCUAUACUAAACAAUGCUUCAUCUCUGUCUGACUCUGAUAAACCAAUAAACUUUUGUCACCACAA